GCUCCAACUACUCUCAAAAUGAAGUCCUUCGUCUCCUUGGCGCUUCUGCCUCUAGCACUUCUCAUCGAUAGCUCCAGCGCCACAAGCGCUAGCUGUCGCUGCCUCCCAAGCGACAAGUGCUGGCCUUCUGAUAGCGUCUGGGCCAAGUUCAACAGCACCGUCAAUGGCGCUCUCAUCAAGACGGUUCCCCUUGGCUCGCCAUGCCACGACCCCAAUUACGACGAGGCGGCUUGCGCUGCCGUCAAGGAUUCGUGGAAGUGGCCCAUGACACACAUCGAGACUUCAUCUUCGGUGAUGCAGAAUUGGUUCGCCAAUCAGAGCUGCGAUGCUUUCACUGCGGAGGAUAAACCCUGCACUCUUGGAAACUACGUUAGCUACGCCGUCAAGGUCUCGGAUGCUCGCCAAGUAGCUGCCGCCGUUCAGUUCGCAAACUACUACAACAUCCGGCUAGUCGUCCGAAACACAGCUCACGACUACUUUGGUCGAUCUACUGGUGCUGGCGGCCUUGCUGUCUGGACUCAUCAUCUCAAGAACACUGAAGUCGUUCAAUGGGCUGACAAGCUUUACAACGGCCCCGCUUUCAAGCUUGGUGCUGGUAUUCAGGGCUUUGAUAGUGUUGAGUAUGCCGACUCUCAGGGACUUACUAGUGUUCCUGGUGAGUGUCCCACUGUAGGCCUUGCUGGCUUUACUCUGGGUGGUGGCCACUCUCCUCUCAGCUCUAGCUACGGCCUUGGUGCUGAUAACACCCUCGAGUUUGAGGUUGUCACUGCUGCUGGUCGUAUUGUCCGUGCCUCUGCCACCGAGAACAGUGACCUUUACUGGGCUCUCAGCGGUGGUGGUGGUGCCAGCUUUGGUAUCGUGACUUCUAUGACUGUUCGAGCUCACAAGACCACUACCAUUGGUGGUGCUACUCUUACGCUCGUUGCUGGCACUGAUAAGGACGUCUUCUACGACGCUGUCACAAAGUUCCACGAGCUUCUGCCCGCCAUGAUUGAUCACGACGCUACAGUCACCUACAUCCUCACCAGCGCUUAUCUCUCCAUCAAGCCUGUCACUAUCGCCAACUCAACCGGCGACUAUGUCCGUGAUGAGGUUCUCGCUCCUUUCACCGACUACCUUUCCAAGGCCGGCCUCAAGCCCACUGUCUCCUACACCACCCUGAGCUUCCGCGACCACUACGAGCUCUACAAUGGCCCUCUGCCCGGUGGCCAUCUCGAGGCUUCUCAGUUCCAGUUUGGCGGCCGUCUCAUUCCCCGAUCCGUUCUUGAGAACGACAACGUCGCUUUCAACAAGGCCCUCCGCAGCCUUGGUACCGCUGGAGUUCUCGUCGCUGGUAGCAGUGGCAAGUUCGAGAGCUACCCUGGCGUCUCCAACGGUGUCCCUCCCUAUUGGCGAAAAGCCGCUAUAUCCCUGCAGAUGGGAACUCUUUGGGACUCUACUCGCUGGGCUGACAUGAUCGCUGAUCAGAAGAAGAUCACCGAGGUCUACAUGCCCCAGCUUAAGGCUGUUACUCCCGGAAGUGGCACUUACAUGAACGAGGCUGACUUCAACGAGCCUGAUUGGAAAAACGUCUUCUACGGUCCUAAUUGGGAUCGUCUGAAUGCUAUCAAGAAGAAGUGGGAUCCUAAGUCUUUGUUCUAUAACUUCAAGGGUGUUGGAAGUGAGGCUUGGACUGUGGCCAAGGAUGGUCGCAUGUGCAGAGCAUAAGGCUUGUAAUGGCUUCUACUAGAACAUAUUUCAAUUGUAUCAUACUAUUUAGCAUUCAUAACUUGCAUAGCAUGGGGCAGUAGCAUUCAACGGGGUAUAUAAUAUUACAAACUCUUGAAGAC